GGGCAACUAGAGUGGAGUAAAAUUUUGAAGGUUUUGACUUGUUCUUGCUGUUGUUUCGUUAUAGCGUUUUGGUUCUGCUUCUUUUUUGGUGUUGGAAAGAACAAACUUCGGACAUUAUAGUCGCAGUUCUUGUAUCAUCUUCAGAAGUUCUUUGUAGUUCAUUUUUCGGCGACCAAGACUUUGUAUCUAUGACAAACACGAUGGCAAUCACUAUGCCAGAGGAACCUCCAACUAGAAC